AUGCAUAGCACUCCAAUUUCUCUAUUAAAUUUUGAUUAGACUUAAGUCAGAGAUCCUAUAAUCGACUCCCCAAGAUCAAUUGAGGCUUGUAGAAGGUAAGGAAUUAGGCCUGAAUAACUGGUUAAGAAAGGCUUAAAAGAAUUGAAAAGAGAAAAAAAUUUAAAUUUGGAUGAGCAAGGUUGGAAAAUAUUCCUUUAGCAUGAAGAAGAUAAAAGAUAAGCCAGAGUUUCAGUAGUAAUAGCAGAGAGAGAAGAGAUUAUUUAACAAUAGAAGGAUGAAUAUGAGGAUGAAAAGUUUGAGAUGAGUGAUGAAGAAAAAGAAAGAAAGAGAAUGGAGAUGAAUAAAAAUAGAAGAUAGAAAUAAAUACAAAAGGCCUUGAAUUAGGAAAUGAAAACUUAAGAAUUGUAGCAACAAAUACUUAAAAAAGAUUUGGAUUUGAAAGAGAGACAAGAAGAGUAACGGUAUGAAAUGGAACAAAGAAGGAAGGAUAAAAAGAUUGAUCAAUAAUUUAAGAAAUAAUAAAUAGAGUAUCAAGAAAAUCAAAGAAAAUAGAAAUAAUUUGCAGAAUAAGAUAGAUUGAAAUAUGAAACCAGUCAUUAAACAACACCAUUGCAGAGAAUCUUAUAAGAGAAAGAACUCAAGAAGUAAAAGAAUAAAAGGGAUAAAUAACUAAAGAAAGCGUAGUUAGAGAGAGAAGAAAAGGAGAGAGUGCAUCAAUAAAUGCUUGAAUAAUUGUAUGAAGCAAAACUAUUAAAAAUGGAAUAAAGAGAAGCUAGACGUCAAGUCUUAUUAGAAGAAGAGAAAGAACUUAGAUAACAAUUGAUUUAAGAAAAAUAGGAGGAAGCAAAUUAUAGAAGGGAUGAAAAUAAAAGAAGGGUUUAGCAUUAGUAAAAUCAAGUUUAUUUGAACUUUUAAUAAAAACAAUUGGUUGCUGAAGAAAAAUUGAUAGCUAAAUAAAAGGAGAUUGAACAAUUGAAUAAGGAAUUGGAUAUGAAACGAGAUUUCCAAAAAUUAAAAAGAGAAGAAAUGUAAAAAAAGAAUAUAGAAUAGCAAGAUAAAAGGAAAGGGGAUUUGAUUAUCAAAUUCAAAGCAAUUGAAGAUAGAUUUAGAAUUAAUGAAAUGGAUAGAGAAUUAACAUUACAUUAAAAGAGAUAACUUUAAGAGGAGAGAGAACACUAUAGAUAAUAACUAUUAAUAAAAAAUGAAUAGGAAUUAGAAAAAAAGUGUGAAAAGAUUAGUAUGGAAAGAGAAGCAAAAGAACUAUAAGCACUCAAAGUAUUGAAAGAAAGAGAUGAGAUGAUUAAAGAAAAACAUCUUAAAGAAUAGCUAAAAAAACAAGAAUAAGAAGAAGCUUAGGAAAGAAUGAUGAGAAUGAGAGACUUUGAAAGAGCGUAAUUGAAAAAGAAAGUUGAGGAGAAAUCUUAAAGAAGAGACCAAUUAAUUAAAGAAAAAAUAGCAUAUGAGAAACAAAAGUAAUAGUACAAAAAAGCUCAAAUUAUGGAAAAAGAAAAGCUUAAGAAAGAUUUGGCGGAACUAUUAAAAGAGCAAUAACAAUAAGAACCUAAUCACCCAGGUGUAUAACAAAGGAAAAGACCUGAAAGUGCCCCUUCUAAAAAUAAAGGAUAAAAUGAUUAGUAACAUAAAAAUAAACCUAUUGUUAUGGCUCCCUUUGAUAUUGUGACUAAAGAGAAACAAAUAUAAGAAUUAAAAAUUAAAUAAAAUCAUGAAUUGUUAAAUCUUUUGUAAGAAGAAGAUAAUAAAGAACUUGAUAGAUAAAAAUUAUUAAAGCAAGUUGAUGAUCCAAUCGAAAGAAUGCGACUUGAAAAAAUAUUAGAAUUUGAAAGAGCUCAAACAUAAGAUCGACUAGCAUUAUUAGAUAAUAAACAUCAAAAAGAAUUAGAAAAAUUUGAAUGA